GCUAAUGUUCCUCUGAAGUGUGCUGCUGUCAGCUGGUGGAUGAUCACUGUGUCGUUUUGUUUCAGAGUGCGGCUGCAGCUCUUCAGGACUCAGAGGAUGGGCUGGGGAGUCAGGGCCAUGCAGGAUAUCCCACAGGGAACCUUCGUCUGCGAGUAUGUCGGAGAGAUCAUCACAGAUGCAGAGGCCGAUAAAAGAGAGAAUGACUCUUUCCUCUUCACCCUCGAUAAUAGGGUUGGAGACGUUCACUGUAUUGAUGCGAGACUCUUUGGAAACAUCGGGCGCUUCAUCAACCACCUGUGUGAGCCCUCCCUGCUGGCGGUCCGUGUGUUCACCAUGCACCAGGACCUGCGCUUCCCCAGGAUCGCCUUCUUCUCCAGCUGCUCCAUCAAGGCUGGAGACCAGAUAGGGUUUGACUAUGGCGAUCACUACUGGAGGGUGAAGAGCAAGUACUUCAGCUGCCAGUGUGGCUCUCUCAAGUGUCGCCACUCCACCAGCAGCAGAGAAUCUCACUGAUGACCACUGACGUCCCCCCCUCAGCCUGGACUCAUUCUGUUGGACCUCUUUAAUGUCAGAAACACUGUCUUCUGAACCUGAUACCACAUAGGACUGUUGUUUUAUUACUGUUCACCUAGAUUCCCUGUUCAAAAGCAACACAUGAGUAAUAAAGCUUGUGGAAAUGUGUCAUCUCAGA